UUUACCUCCUUCCUUUUCCGUGUAAUCACCUCGAUUUUUCAAGCAAUGCCUGUGUAUCAUUACGUGGGUUCAUACGGACAGAAUCGUCCAGGAUUUUCGCCAUCUCCAUCGUGGUAGCAAGGAUCUGAUAUGAUCACUGACGACAUAUGCUGGAGUAGGCUCCGCCCCUAUGGCGUUUGUCUUGAGGUCCAUGUAUAUCUGCGAACCCUAUAGCCCAUGAUGAGGCUCAAACAAACAUUCAGCGUAGCCUCUUUGUCAAUUCUGCCUUUUAGGCCCAAGUUGAGCCAUAGCCGCAUGCCUCAGAUCGACGUCCUGCAGGUUCGAAAGACGGCGUCAAAAUGCCAUGAGCUGCACGCUACCGCAGUCAGGUCCGUCAUGCAUGAGCCACCGAGCGGGAUCGUAUUGCGCUUGACUGGAUCCGGCCUCCAGAUACUGUAUAUCUUAGGGUGGGUGUUCGGACCUUGUCCAUGCAUGUAUAAUUUUGACGGCAAGGAGAUACUUCCCACUCUCGACUUCGGUUCGAGGGAAGACCUGCAUGUAGAGGACACAUGUAAAGUAUGUGCUUCUUUGGCACACGCGGUCCAGCACCAAGCGAGAAAUAAAGAAAUAUGAUACGGAAUAUGGAACAAUAUUUCCGUCAUUCCUUUACCAGAAGUUCCAAGGUCGCGGGCUAUUGCGCAAGGUAUAUCGACUUGUCUUCUUGCUAGUGCGCUAAGGAGCCGAUGUGUU